AUGCGACAGCACCGUUCCAAUUAUCUUCUGAAGAAGCCUUCUCAUCCUAGCCGUGGCAUUCCAACAGCAAUAAAUUGUCUUGCCACUCUGCUUAAAGAGCCAGUAGUGCGAUCUUUGUUUGUUCAAGCAGAUGGAGUGAAGCUCCUAGUUCCUCUAAUUUCUCCAGCAUCCACUCAACAGUCCAUGCAGCUCCUCUACGAAACAUGUCUAUGUGUAUGGCUUUUGUCUUAUUAUGAACCUGCAAUUGAGUACUUGGGCACUUCUAGAACCCUGCCACGUUUGAUUGAAGUUGUUAAGGGUUCCACAAAAGAAAAGGUUGUCAGGGUAGUUGUGUUGACUCUUAGGAACUUGCUUCAAAAGGGGACAUUCGGUGCUCUGAUGAUAGAUUUGGGACUGCCUCAGCUUGUCCAGAGUUUGAAAGCACAGGCAUGGAGUGAUGAGGAUCUGCUUGAGGCUCUGAAUCAACUGGAAGAAGGACUGAAAGAUAACAUUAAGAGGCUAAGUUCUUUCGACAAGUUUGCAUACAUCCGUUGGAUAAAACUAGCUGCGAUAUCUUUCGAGAAUAGGAAUUAA